UCUCACUUCACAAACAUUCAUAUCUCCUACAUUUUUCUCUCGUUUUCAAGUUCUUUUUCGGGCAAUGAAUUCAGUGGACAGCUUGGCUGCAGGCAAGCCAGUGGUGAUUUUCAGCAAGGGCUCUUGCUGCAUGUGCCACUCUAUCAAGACCCUCAUUAGCAGCUUUGGAGCAAACCCGAUGGUUUAUGAGCUUGACGAGCUUCCCAAUGGGCAACAGCUAGAACGAGCACUGACAGCAUUGGGGCAAAGGCCAAGCGUACCGGCUGUAUACAUAGGGGAAGAAUUGGUCGGGGGAGCAAACGAGGUCAUGAGCCUCCACCUCAAGGGAAAGCUCGUCCCAUUGCUCAAGAAGGCAAAAGCCAUAUGGGUAUAGCCUCCCUCCUCUACAGCAUCAGGUGAACAUAACGAAGCUCUGAAUGACUGUCGGUGGUGGUAAUCUGGCUUUAGCAGUUUCAAUGAGAAUGGCACAUUACCUGAACAUGUCAUUGAGCAUAUUUUAUGUAACAAAAUCAAUGACUGCUCGAGUUCUCUAAGUUUGAAUUAUGUAUUACUACGUCUGUUAAUAAUGUGAGAGCUCAUAAUUAAAUGACAUUUGAACAGAGAUCUGAAUAUUUAUAGGAAAGUUAAGUACCAACUCUGUCAUCCAUCAAUAAAAUCUUUCAUGAAGGGGUUA